CACAGCUCCUCAGAGGUCUUGGGAACAGCAACUGGGAAAUAUCAUCUAAAUAGGGGAGGAAUUACACAAGGAAGAAGAGGGAAGGAGAAAAGGUAGACUCCGAUAGUCUUUUCUUGGAUUGCUUAGGCCUACUUCUUUUCCAACAAAGGAGGCAAAGAUGAAAGUCGACGAAAUCAUACAGAUUCAGAAAUUCUUUUUUAACAUUUUCAACACAUUCUUUGUGAUUUUGGGAGUCAGUAUCUUCGGUUGUGCUGCCUGGAUCUUAUUUGACAUAGACAGCUUCAUUGUAGUCAUCAGUUCCGAGGGCGAUGUGAAGCUGGUUGCUGUGGCCCUUGCUCUCAUUGGGCUGGUUGUGGUCGUGGUGUCAGUUCUUGGCUGCGCUGGGGGGCAGCUAGAGAGUAAAUGCCUGCUUAUGAUUUACAUGGGAUUUCUUAUCAUCGUUACCCUUGGUCAGAUUUUUGUGACUUUUGUUCUUUUGUUGCGGAGUCCUAAAAUUAAGGAGUUUCUUGUCAACACAGUUGACGAGGAAAUAAAGCAGUAUGGGAAUAGGAGCAUAACUGAAAACAAAGCGUCAUGGACAUUGCUGGACAGGAUACAACAUUCAGCAAAAUGUUGCGGCAGACACAACUUGAAUGACUGGGACCAGAAUGUUAUCAUUCAGGACCUUGGAAAAGCCAACGUCUACCCCUGUUCGUGUUUCAACACUACCUGUCCCACUAGGUGUAGGUGGAGCAGAAGCUGAGCGAUUUGGGGAAGGCACCACAGGUAUCUACCAAGAGGGGUGCGAGAAAAAGCUUACUAGCUGGCUGGAAGAGAAUAUAGCUGUGAUCAUUGGCAUGGAUGUAGGACUCAUUGUUGUUCAGAUUAUCCAGUUUGCCUUUGGAGUGUGCAUAUUCCAAAACAUUGGUCGUAAAAUGAGGCGUAAGAAUCCCAAAAAUCUGAUGAACUCCAUGGAGGUGGACCCCCAGACGGAGGCUGUGUACCAGAAUCCAGAUUACUCCCAACAUCCACAGUACCCACAGCAAGACUAUCAGCAGCCACAGUACCAACAGCAAGACUAUCAGCAGCCACAGUACCAACAGCAAGACUAUCAGCAGCAAGACUUCCAGCAGUACAAUCAGCAUGUUUACGAUGACCUUCAGUACCACCAGCCAGACUUCUCUCAGCAAGAUUACACACAACAAUAUUAUGAUCGUCAGUGAACACUGUUGCAACUUUUUAGAUCUCUCUCUGUCUCUCUCUCACACACACACACACACACACACACACACACACACACACACACAGGAAGAGACAGAGACUUAAUACCAAAUAUUGUCCUUAGUAAUAAAUCAAUAUACAAAUAUAUACUGUAGAUACAGUGAUUUUAUUGUACAAAAACAGGGUAAACAAGCUUCAUACAAGUCCAGCAUUGUCUCUUGUAACUGGAAUAUAACUUUGUUCCAGUACAACACUACAGUGGAGGGGAUAAGUCCUCAGACAUUACUCCCAACAUCAUCCCAAACUUAUCAUCUCCCCACACACACUCACACUCUCUAGCUGCAGCAACAUCAACAACACACUGACAUAUUUUUAGCAUUUGUGCAAUGAGAUGUUUUGGUAUAAUAUGCCUUGCCAAUGACACCACCCCAAACUGAGCAUUCAUCCACCCUCCCGUAGCUUCCUUCCAACAGGGAGGCCUCUGAUUUGCUGUUGGCUUCUCUCAUGGCUGGCUCUGGAUUCUUGUGGUCUCAGGAUAAGUUGUAUAACACUGAGGUAAUGGAGGAUGUCAGUUGACACUGUGAGUAAGGCAGAAAAGUGGAUCACAGAGGUGGCCCCCUAGCCAACAAGCAACACUUUGUGACUCAGCAGACGUGGGUUCACCUCAGCUGCAUGGGGUCG